AUGUGCCAGGACGUGGAGUGGCAGUGCUGGGACCUUUGGAGCCGCAUGGAGGAGCAGUCCGCCCUGCUGGCCAACGAGAGCGCGCGAGCCGACGCGCUCGUGGCGGCGCUGCAGGUCGAGCGCUCCUGGAGUCGCCGCUGGUGCGGCGGACUCCAGGAGCAGCUGCGCUCCAGCCAGGGCCGCAUCGAGGAGCUGGAGAAGGAGCUGGAGAAGCAGUUGAGACGCUCGGGCGACGAGCGGGAGGAGCACGUGCAGCGCUGCCGGCAGCUGCAGGGGGAGAACCUCGAGCUGGCGAGCCGGCUGCAGGAGAUGCAGACUGCGAUGCUACAGAACACACCGCAGCCGGACUCGUCUGAGUCCCAGACGAUGAUGGCUGGCAGCAGAGCCGCGGGUUCCGAGAUUCUGGACCCGUCAGACCCAUCAUGCCUCGUGCUGCCCAGCCUUUUGCAGUAUCUUGCGUUGGAAGAUAUUCUGGCAUGGCGCCUGACUUCCCGCCAGACCAGGAGUCCCAGGGUCUUGAUACAGCACGUGACCGAAAUGGGUAGGUUGGACAGCCCGGAGUCAAUUCUCGACUUCUCUGCAAAAUGGAAAGCUGCUCUUGCGGACGCGCCUGCUACAUUCGAAGAACUUCAGAAGGACGUCAAGCAGCUUAAGCUCUUUGUCUGUCGCUGGUGGUGUCUGAGGCUGGCGAACGCGAGACUCACUCAUUUCCCAGAAAGCGACGUCCGCCAUAUCGUCACCGCAAACCUUCGAGAUCUGCUUGCGCACAUCCGAAGCAAGGACAAAUCUUUGAGAGGAAGUGCGCACCGGCUUUUGAUGAACUAUGCCUUUGGUAGCCUUCCUUUUGUUCAGCAUCUGAUUGCGGACGGGUUGCUGGGUUUGAUGGGAGACCUGCUGCCGGAGUCGGCCACAACCAGCAAACAGGCCUCGCUCCUGGUACAGAGCUGCUCACGGCAUCUUUCUGGCCUCGUGCGCGGACUGACGAAGCGCCAGCGUCAGAAGUGGGCUUCCAUGCUGGUCAGAGUCCUUCAAGGUCAGAUAGCUGUCAAAUCGGCACGGAUUAUUGAUAGCCUGAAGAUCCUGUGGCGAGCUGAUGACGAUCCCAGACGAAGCUACGCAGAAGAAGAGCAGCAGCUGAGGGCUUUCUCAAAGCACGCUAGCCCAGAUCUGCAGCGCGAGCUUUGCAAUCUCCGCUACUUGUGA